AUGACGGUGAUCACUCCUCUGCAAGCCAUCGUCAAUCGCCUCGGGCAGUUAGUGGUGCAGCACGGCUCAAACCCGUCACCGAAGGCCCACUUCGACCUACUCCGAAUGAUCGACCAACUCAAAUUGGCCGUGGAAACCCCGACGGAAACCGUGUUGCGCUUGAUUUACCAGCCUCCUCAAAAUGCGGCCCUCCGUACCGUGAUCGAUCUGGAGAUCUUCCCAUUGUUGGUCCAGAAGCAGUACAAGGAAGUCGGCAUCUCCGCCACUCAGCUGUCUGAGUUCACCGGAGCAGACCGAGACUUGAUCGGUAUGAUCUCCACCUUCAGUGGAAUGCGCUUGAUGCGCGUCAUGGCCUCCUUGGGGUUGUGUACAGCCCCAGUGCCGGAAGUCUACCAAGCCAACGAGAAGACUGUGGCGUUGACGCAGCCCAUUGGCCGAGAUGGUGUGCCAUGCAUAUAUGAUCUUACAGUGCCCACCUUGAGCAAACUCCCCGAGUACCUCCGGACUCAUGAAUACGCCAAUCCUGACGACUAUGCACGCUCCCCGAUGCAGUGGGCGGUUGGGCAGAGCCAGUUUGAAUGGCUGGCUAGCAAUAAGAACCAGCAGACGCUAUUCAAUUCUUACAUGGCCAGCCGGAGACAGGGCAAGCCUAUGUGGUUUGACGUGUACCCCGUUGAGCGACUCCUCGGUCAUGGCGUGCCCUGUCAGGAUACCGUGUUUCUGGUCGACAUCGGGGGCAAUCAGGGUCACGAUCUGAGCCAGUUUCGGCAAAAGCAUCCCCAUCUCCCCGGGCGGCUAGUGCUCCAAGAUCUGCCCAAAGUAGUGGAGGAUGUCUCGGGCAGCGCCGCGGGCAUUGAAGUGAUGGGAUACAGUUUUCUCGAUCCACAGCCCGUCAAGGGAGCCCGGGCGUACUAUUUCCGGGCCAUCUUCCAUGACUGGCCAGAUCAUAUCUGCCAGCAGAUCCUGCGCAACACCAUGUCCGCGAUGGCUUCGGGCUACUCUCGCAUUCUGAUUGUGGACUUCGUCUUGCCGGAUACGGAAACUCCUUUGUUGCAGGCCUCGUUGGAUAUCCAGAUGAUGAGCAUCGGCGCCGGGGUCGAGCGGUCUGAACGCCAGUGGCGCGAUCUGCUGCACAGCGUCGGAUUGGAGAUUACAGGAAUCUGGAAUCACAGCCCAGGCAUGGAGUCCGUGAUCGAAGUGGCUCCAAUAGCGAUAGUGGCGGCACAGUAA